GAAUGAUGUCCUCAAUGCCGCCCAGCGGACCCGAAGGCCCGACUCUCUUCGUGACGGGCUUGCCCUCGGACUGCAACAGUGAUUUUUGCAAGGCAAUCUUCGGACAGUAUGGCAUUGUGAAGGAUGCACGGAUGCUCCCGGUUGCGCCAGGGAAGACAAGUGCUGCGGCAAUUGUGGAGAUGAACACGGCAGAUGACGCAAAAUGGAUCGUGGAGCAUGUGAACGGCAACGUCCCUCAGAGCCUGACAACACCUGUUACGGUGACCUUCAAGCUCAAAGAGAAGGGUUUUGGCAAGGGCUUGGGGAAGGGCAUGGACCUCAGCGCCCUGAGCGGUCUUGCGGCGGGCCUAAGCGGUGGCAUGGGCGGAAAGGGCGCGGAGGACGGCAACAACAAUGGCAACGCAGCUGUGGCGGGCUUGUUGCAGCUGCUUGUUCCCUUGGUUGGGGCCGUGGCUGGGAUGCAGGGAGGUGGCAAGGGAGGAUGGGUUCCGCCAAAGCCGCCCCCAGGCCAGCAGAUCUGUCGGUACUUCGAGGCCGGCAUGGCCUGUCCCAGAACCGGCUGCACCUUCUGGCACGGUGACUCCAAUGCAGGUGCCGGUGGUGACAUGGGCAAGGGCGCAGGACCCGCUAUGAUCGCAGGUGGUGACAUGUUCUCCGGCAUGGGCAUGGGCAAAGGCGCAGGUCCCCCUAUGGGGAAGGGCGCACCAGCUUACAAGACGCGCAUGUGCAAUUUCUUUUUGCAGGGCAAGUGCACCUGGGCAGACGCCUGCAAGUUCGCCCACUAUGAGUACGAGUUGCACAAGUGA